AUGAAAAUCGAGAAAGAUUACCCGACGCCAAAGCUGAACCCGGGGUCGGUGUUGAUCAAGAACAAAUUCUCCGGGAUUAACUUCAUCGACACCUAUCACCGUUCGGGUUUGUAUAAGAGAGACUUACCUUUUAUUGGCGGCCAAGAAGGCGGCGGUUUCGUCGCGGCGACGUCGCCGGAGGCGGAAGCGCAAGGCGUGAAAGUCGGCGACAGAGUGGCGUAUUCUUCGGUGUUUCAAACGUACGCGGAGUACACCGCGGUUCCAGCGCAUAAGGUUGUUACCGUCCCUGAAGAGAUUCCGUUAGAUGUGGCCGUUUCAUGCGGGGUACAAGGCAUGACGGCGCAUUACUUGACCCACUCCGCGCACGCGCAGUUGAUCAAACCGGGCGAGUGGAUGCUCAUCCACGGCACCGGUUCCGGGACCUGCCAAUGGGCCGCGCAAAUGGCAAAGUUAAGAGGCUAUAAAGUCAUCGGCACGUGCUCUAAGUCUAAGGUGGAUAUUGCCAAAGGUACUGGCGUGGAUGAGUUGAUUGUCUACGACGAAGCACCCGGGACUUCGUACGAAGACUACUCCUCGGUGGAUUUAGUCCCAAAAGUUAUGGAAAUCACAAACGGGCAAGGCGUGAAGUGCGUCAUUGACGGGAUCGGGUUAGCGACUUGGGAAACCUCGAUUGAAGUCUUGGCCACCAAAGGCAUCUUUGUCUCUUUCGGCAACGCUUCCGGUGCCGUCCCGGCCUUUCCGCCGUUGAAGUUAAUCAACAAAUCAGCGUUUUUAACGCGACCAAAAUUGAACGACUACACGCAAACGAGAGAGGAGUUGAUGUGGAGAGCGAACGAUAUUUUCGGUUGGAUUAAAUCGGGUGAGUUGAAGGUGGCGGUGGACAGAUGCUUUCCGUUGGAUCAAGCGAAAGAAGGUCACGACUAUUUGGAAGCUGGUAAAAGUCGAGGGAAGGUUCUGUACGAGAUCAACUGA